AUGGGUUUUGAUGUUUGUUUUCUUUGGGAAAUCGAAUCACUAACAAAAGAGGGACUUUGUAGCAAUGGACCACAGCUCAGUGCUGAGCAGUUGAAGCAAAUAGAACAGAACAGGCAGGCAGCACUGGACAGACUAUUUGCCCGCAAUGUUCCUGUGCCCAUUGGAGAGACCUGGCGAAAGCACAUUGGGGAUGAGUUCACCAAACCUUACUUCACCAAGCUGAUGUAUUUUAUUGCUGAGGAGAGAAAACGGUUUGCGGUCUACCCAAGUGCAGAGCAAGUAUUCCUUUGGACAAAUGUGUGUGCAUUUGAGGAUGUAAAAGUAGUCAUCCUUGGCCAAGACCCAUACCCCAGGAAAGGUCAGGCCCAUGGCUUAUGCUUCAGUGUACAGAGACCUGCUCUGCCACCUCCAAGCUUGGAAAACAUUUUCACUGAACUAGCAAUAGAUAUUGAGAACUUCCAGCACCCUGGUCAUGGGGACCUGACAGGAUGGGCUAAACAGGGUGUCUUGCUCCUGAACUCAGUGCUGACUGUUAGAGACCGACAGCCCACCUCGCACCACAGUCAGGGCUGGGAGCUCUUCACUGAUGCUGUAGUUUUGGCCCUGAGCAGGAGUUUAAGAAGCCUCGUCUUUUUGCUGUGGGGAUCCUAUGCUCAAAGCAAAGGUGCAGUCAUUGAUAGAACUCGGCAUCAUGUCCUGGAGACUUCUCAUCCAUCGCCAUACUCCGCUCACCUGGGCUUUUUCGGAUGCAGACACUUCUCAAAAACCAAUAGUUUUCUUAAGGCAUCUGGAAAGAUGCCAGUUGAUUGGAAUGCACUCUGA